AUGCAAGCUCCAACGUUUCGUCCCGUUUCAGUCCAAGUAGCGGGGCCUAACCCACUUCCCCCAACGCCGACGAGGAUCACAGAGCUACCGGGCAAUCUGUUCGAUGCUCCCGAGGGGUCCGCAUUGAUCCAUGCCUGCAAUACGCAGGGUAGCUGGGGAGGGGGUAUCGCGCGAGCCUUCAAGGAACGGUAUCCUGCGGCAUAUCAAGUCUACCGAAGCCACUGCCUGCAGUUCCUACGUGCUGGGAAAACCCACGAGAUCAGCGACAUGUACACUCACGUGAACUCUGUCUCCAUCCUGCCUCUGGGCACAGCCUUGAUCAUCCCGCCGCAGCCAGCAGAUUCUCGCCGGAGCCAGAAGAAGCACUGGAUCAUUUGUCUGUUCACCUCAGCAGGCUAUGGUCGUCGUGUUGACCGGCCUGAACAGAUCAUCAAUCACACCUAUGCUGCGCUGCGAGAUCUUCGGGAGAAACUGACUGACCUCCGCCUGGAUGGCACGGAGCCUUCGCCCACGGCUUUGUUUUCAUGUCAAUUUAAUUCGGGCCUGUUUGGCGUUCCCUGGCCGGAUACCAGGAGGGCUUUGGAUCACACGGGAUUACAUGUUACCGUGAUUUAUCCACCAGGGGAUGACGAAGAGACAGCGUAG